AUGGCUGUCGCGAAGAUCUUGGCAGCAUCCAACCACUUCGCACGACUGGAGCUCCCACUCGAGGCUGUGGAUGUUGCUGUGGUCAGAAGCCACUACAGGCGCCUCGCUCUGGCGGUGCAUCCAGACAAGUGCCAGGAGCCAAGAGCCAAGGAAGCAUUCCAGGCCAUCAGCGAGGCAUUUGAGAAGCUUUCCUCCACAGUUGGUCAGGCGCAGUGCUUGAGAGAGGCAGGGCGCCCGUCCAAGGUAGCUAAGGUGACCAAAGCCAAGGUGCCAGAGGAGGAUGAGAGGAAUGCCCACUGGUGGGAUACUAAAACCUGGGAAGAGUUCGAGGAACGUCUGCGACACCGGGAACGUGCUGAGGCUGCGCUGCGCCUGCGAUACUGCAGUGGCCUGCGGGCCCGCUUUACAACGCGAAAGAUGCGGGAGCACGUCCGCUCUGCAGAGCGGUCUGUGGAGCACUUAGACCGCAACGCAGGUUUGCCAGAGAGUCCGCUGUGGCCACCGGAGUCGACACAGGCAGCACGGGACGUGGAGGAGGAAGUGGCCAAAGCCCGACAGACGGAGCCUUGGCCUGGCGCAGCCAACGAGCUGCUGCCAGAUUACAACGAGCGUGCUGAGCUCAACGACCCGCCGGUGGCUCUCCAGAGGCUGCUGGAAUUGCUGACGCACCUGCGUGCUGUGCACCGCUACUGCCUAUUCUGUGGAUGCACCUAUGACUCGGCUCAGGACAUGGAUGAGCAUUGCCCUGGCAUAACAGAAGAGGAGCAUGAUGAAGCCACCUCUGCGGGUCUCCGCGGCACUGAAAGCUUUCCGGCUUCAGAGACGCAGGAAGAGGAUCCGCUAGAAGCCUACAUGGCCUCCGUUGAUGCUGAGGCCCAGAAGCAGCAGGGCAAGCGAAAGAAGCGAACCCGUUGA